AUGUCCGAGCCGACCGAAUCUAUUACUCCUACAUCUAGCAAAACUGCUGCCGGUGCAGCGAAAUCUGCUGUAGUUAACGUUCCCAAAUCACCGAAAACGUCUCGAAAGCUCGCUCUCAUGGAGGAGCAAAGUUGUGAUUUAUGUCAAAACGCCGACAAUAGCCGGAUGGUCCAAUGCGACUAUUGUAAGAAUUGGUAUCAUUUCGAAUGUGCUAACGUAACCGAAGACAUUGAGUUCUACGACUGGAUUUGUACGAAAUGCGAAACCGCGGAAACAGAUCACCAGAAAAAGAAACCGUCUCGGAAAAACGCCAGAAGCGCAGUGAAGAAGAUAAAUUCAUCAAUAGCAGGUGCGAAGAAAUCGAAGACUGUAAAACCAAAAAAGAUGGUGAAGAAUUCGACCCCCAAGGACCACCAGCAAAAUCAGCAAGUUGAACGGGAGAAAUCACAAAACAGCGCCGAUGAAAAAUUGGCGGGAAACGAGAAGGUGAAUAAAUCAACCAAAUCCAAAUCUGUGGGGUCAGACUCUCUGAGCAGAUCGCAAGCUUUGAAAAUGCAGUUGCAGAAAGUGCAUGCUGAAGAGAAACUGAUGCUUGAAGAGAUGAAACGAAAACGGGAAUUGUUGGUCAGAAAGUUCGAACUGAUGGAAGAAAUAGCUAACACUGAUGAAGCUGCCGGAUCUAAUGCGCACCUUGAAAGCGACAGCGACUCUGACGAGUAUUCCGAAUCCGAAGGUGAGCAAAGCGACGACGACACAGACAGCGGUGACGGACAGGAUGAACCCUUUAUCCCAAAGCGGCAAUCAACUCCCGUUAAAUUACAAUCGCGGCGAGAGAAGCAACACUCUCGAAUGAAUGUCACUCUGAGCCGAGAGCAGAUAGCUGCACGGCAGGUAGUAUCGUGCGAUCUUCCCAGAUUCGGUGGGAAUCCCGACGAAUGGCCAAUGUUCAUAUCGACUUACGAGAGUACGACGACGAUGUGCGGCUAUCGAGACGAGGAAAAUAUGAUUCGUCUCCGUAACUGUCUGAAGGAUGAAGCUUUUACAACAGUGCGGAGCUUUCUAAUGCAUCCGUCAACAGUGGCAAAAGCAAUAAGUGUGUUGAAGCUCCGAUUCGGCCAGCCUCAUAUGAUCAUCAGUACGUUGCGGGAAAAAAUCCUGAAUAUGGCACCAGUUAGAUCAGACUCGAUGGAACGGCUGGUAGAUUACGCUCUCGCUGUACAGAAUUUACGUUCUACCAUUGAUGCUUGUGGGCGUAAAGAGUAUAUGCGUGAUGUAACGCUAAUGCAGGACCUUAUUAGCAAACUUCCUCCUGCGAUAAAGUUAGAUUGGGCCAGGCAUAGUAAGACACUGAAAAAAUCUAAUCUCGUUGCAUUUUCGGAUUGGAUAUAUUCUAUUGCGGAAGACGCAAGCAUUGUUGCUGAUCCUCGCAAACCGCACUGCUAUGGGCAAGACACACGCGGAAGGCGACAAGGUAAAGCUUUCAUUAACACUCAUGCAGAAUCAUUGGGACAGCAAACUGCACACGAUCGAACAGGCAAUACUAAUCAGUUUAGUGAAAAAUUCAGUGCGAUGACGGUCAAAUGUUGUCAGAUUUGCAAAGGAAGCUGUUCAAGUGCCGCCAAAUGUAAGCGUUUUCUUGGUCUCUCGUAUGAAGCCAGAUGGGCUGCAGUUCGUGAAUUUAGAAUAUGCCGCAGGUGUCUACGACAGCACGGAGGAAACUGUAAUAGUAAAGCUUGUGGCGUUGACGGGUGUACGUUCAAGCACAAUUCUCUCUUACAUAAGAAUCUCGCAGUUCCAAGUGAGGCAUACGCAAGUAGGAGUCAAACGAGGUCGAACGAGGAGCGUAGUGUUAAUACUCACCAGAUGGAGACAGCCUUAGAAUUGUUCCGCUAUUUGCCGGUUACAUUGUUUGGGCCCAACAAGCACGUGAAUUGCUACGCUUUUUUGGACGACGGGUCGGAAUUGACAUUACUAGAUGAGCAAAUUGCUUGCGACUUGGAGUUGCCAGGCGAAUCGAAACCACUUUGUUUAAAAUGGACAGGUGGAACCCAUCGAUUUGAAGAGAAAUCUAAAAGGGUUAACAUCGGAAUAUCAGGACUGGUGGGCAAGAGAUUUGAGUUGAGCGGUGUGCGUACCGUCAAUGCGCUUGAAUUGCCACAACAGAGCCUGAACAUCGAUGAGCUGAGAAAGCAAUACAAGCAUCUAAAAGGCGUUCCAGUCGAAUCAUAUAAUCUUGUGAGACCUAGAAUCCUAAUAGGAUUGAAGCAUGCCAAUGUUUCUUUAGUUCGCCGUUGCCGUGAAGGCAAGGAGGGUGAACCCAUUGCAGCGAAAACUCAUUUGGGAUGGACGAUCUUUGGAGGCUGUUCGUCCCAGGACUCGUCGGUCGACGGGAAGUAUACGUACCACAUUUGUACAUGCAACCCGCAGAAUGACGACCGACUUCACCACGAGGUCAAGCAGUACUUUGGUCUAGAUAGCUUGGGAAUUACGACACCGGUGAGUUCAUUGAUGUCGAAAGAUGAUGAGAGGGCGAUAUCACUGCUGAAAUCGCGUACACAGAUUAUUGGUGACAAGUAUGAAACUGGUCUUCUCUGGCGAUUCGACAAUAUUCAUCUGCCAGAUAGUCGGUCGAUGGCCCUUCAAAGAUUAAAUUGUCUUCAGAGACGUUUGGCAAAAGAUGCCGAGCUAAAUCGAGCUUUCAACGAAAAACUGGCAGACUACCAAGCGAAGGGUUACAUACGAAAGGUAAUGCCAGAAGAACUCGCCCGAAAAGAGGGAAAGACGUGGUAUCUCCCUACUUUCCCGGUGCUAAACCCUAACAAGCCGGGAAAGAUUAGAAUUGUGUGGGAUGCAGCCGCCUCUGUACAUGGAGUAUGCCUCAACACUGUGUUACUCACUGGGCCGGACUUAAUGAGCUCGUUAAUAUCAGUUCUUUAUCAGUUUCGAGAAUAUCGCAUCGCUAUCUGCGGAGAUAUUCGCGAGAUGUUUUUGCAGAUUGCAAUCAGGCCCGAAGAUCAAUUCUAUCAACUUUUUCUUUGGCGGGACAAAGCAGACCAGGAUGAAGCCAGCACCUUCGUCGUUGAAGUAAUGAUUUUCGGAGCACGAUCUUCGCCAACCACGGCGCAAUUUGUGAAAAAUCACAAUGCCCAGAGAUUCGAAACACAAUAUCCCGCAGCAGCCGCGGCCAUACAAAAUAAGCAUUACGUUGAUGACAUGCUUGCUAGUACGGAAACGGAAAAGGAAGCCAUCGAGCUAGCAAAGGCAGUUAAAUUUAUUCACGCUCAAGGGGGCUUCGAGAUCAGGAAUUGGACCUCGAAUUCUCCGACCGUCUUGCAAGCAUUGAGCGAAAAUCCAGCUGAAGAGAAGAAUUUGAAUUUUAUGGCGGAAAUGGCGACGGAGAAAAUUUUGGGCAUGUGGUGGAACACAAGGACGGAUUGUUUCAUGUUCAAGAUUUGCUAUGAUCGUUUUGACGCGGCGUUGUUCAAUGGACGACGAGCUCCAACCAAGCGAGAGCUGCUUCGGAUCUUGAUGACGGUUUUUGAUCCACUUGGCCUGAUUUCGCAUUUUCUAAUGCUUUUGAAAGUCACCCUCCAGGAAGUUUGGCGUAUCGGUUUAAAAUGGGACGAGCAAAUCACAGGAAAGCAAUUGGAAAGUUGGAGAACCUGGAUAAAACUGCUCCCGAAGCUGGAAAACAUUCGAAUCCCCCGGUGUUAUCGUCGGUCGUUGUCUAUCGGAGACCACACACGGUUCGAACUACACACGUUUGUGGAUGCAGGGAAUGACGGUAUGGCAGCGGUGGCAUUUUUGCGUGUCGAGGAAGAUGGGCUGGUAGAGUGCGCAUUAGUCAGUGCAAAAACUCGCGUAGCCCCCUUAAAGUACCUUUCUACACCGCGCUCGGAACUCCAGGCGGCGGUAAUCGGGGCGAGAUUAGCUAACAAUAUAUCUAAUUCACUUUCCCUUAAUAUUUCUCAACGGUAUUAUUGGAGCGAUUCCCGCAAUGUUCUUUGCUGGCUGCGAUCCGACCAUCGCCGUUACAGCCCAUAUGUUGCCGCCAGGGUAAGCGAAAUAUUAGAAACCACCGAAAUCGAUGAUUGGCAUUGGGUCAAAUCCGAGUGGAACGUCGCUGACGACGGAACAAAACUAAAGGGACAAGUGGAGUUGCAGAUAGAAGAUCGAUGGUUUCAGGGACCAGCCUUUUUGAAAACACCUAAAGAGAGCUGGCCAGAACGCAACUUUCUGCGAGAAACAACCGACGAAGAAAUCCGGACAAAUGUACUGUUCCACGGUAUGAAUAUGGAGCCAGUUGUUUUGGCGAGUAACUAUUCGAGAUGGAAACAUUUGGUGGAGGUUACAGCGUAUGUGCAGCGUUUUGUGAACAACGUUUGUGCAAAGAAAAAGGGGCUACCAGGCCAAAUCGGACCACCAACGAGUGACGAGCUUCGUUUGGCUCAGGAAUACCAUUUCCGACAGGCGCAGCAAGAGGUUUAUAGAGAAGAGCUUAGAGUGUUGCAAAGUACGAACAACAAGGGCGAACGGAUAAAUCAUGUUGCAAAAUCUAGUAAAAUUCUUAAGCUGAGCCCCUUCUUGGGUCCAGAAGGUCUUUUGCGAAUGAAUAGUAGGGCCGCAAAAUGUAAGUUCCUGUUUCCAGAUGAAAAGUACCCUAUUAUAUUACCCGAUGAUCAUCCUGUCACACAUCUAGUACUAACCGACUUUCAUGAAAGGUAUCAUCACCGAAACUAUGCAACCGUUGCUAAUGAAGUUCGCAGAAGAUUUUGCAUCCCACGAUUGAAACGGACUCUUCUUAAAAUGAGGUGUAAGUGUCAAUGGUGUCGAAAUCGCGAUGUAAAGCCGGCGCCACCUGAAAUGGCUGAACUUCCGCAAGCCAGAUUAGCAGCAUUCACCAGUCCGUUUUCUCAUGUGGGUGUAGAUUUUUUUGGACCCUUCGAAGUCAUUGUGGGUCGUAAAAUUGAAAAACGUUGGGGCGUCUUGCUGACGUGCCUUACAGUUCGGGCGCUUCACAUUGAGGUUGCCAACUCACUUAGCACUAGUUCGUGUAUUAUGGCGGUAAACAACUUUAUUGCUAGACGUGGACACCCAAUCUGUUUUUAUAGUGACAGAGGAACAAAUUUCAUUGGCGCUUCCAAAGAGUUGCGUGAGGCUGUACGAGCUUUGGACAAGAAUGAAAUGGCAAAAGAGUUCACCACCGCUACGACUUCAUGGCGAUUCAACCCACCGGCAGCCCCACACAUGGGUGGCUGCUGGGAAAGGCUGAUUCAAACGGUAAAACGGAAUCUUACGGAAGUUCUCAAAUGUAGACGACCAACUGACGAGGAGUUACGCAGUACAUUGACGCAGAUUGAGGCCAUACUCAAUAAUCGUCCAUUAACGGAGGUACCGGUUGAUAAUGAGUCGGAACCUGCGCUCACACCCAACCAUUUUUUAUUGGGUUCGUCGGAUGGAUCCAAGCCUUUAAUACCUUGUGACGACAAUGUGCAAGCGGUGCGACGUGGAUGGCAGGUAUCACAGGUCAUGGCAAACGUUUUUUGGAAGCGCUGGUUGCGCAGUUAUUUACCUGACAUUACCAGGCGAUCAAAAUGGUUCAAAAAGGUAAACCCAAUUGCAGUAGGUGACAUCGUUGUAAUUACAGAUCCUGAGCAUCCACGGAACUGCUGGCCAAAAGGCAAAGUUAUUGGUAUAGUGCAGAAAGACGGCCAGGUACGCAGAGCUACUAUUCAAACAUCCAAAGGAGUUUAUGAACGUCCAGCCGUUAAACUUGCAGUCCUCGAUAUCGGAAGCGAAAAUGUGUAA